GGGCCUCGAAUCCCACCUGUGGAGGCAACUAGAGCAGAGAGGAGUCUGAGGGCCAAGAUGCAGAUCUUUGUCAAAACCCUAACAGGGAAGACCAUAACUCUCGAGGUCGAGAGCAGCGACACUAUCGACAAUGUCAAAGCCAAGAUUCAAGAUAAGGAAGGCAUUCCACCGGACCAGCAGCGUUUGAUUUUUGCUGGAAAGCAGCUUGAAGAUGGCAGAACUUUAGCUGAUUACAACAUUCAAAAGGAAUCCACGCUUCAUCUUGUACUGAGGCUUCGUGGCGGUAUCAUAGAGCCUUCUUUGAUGGCUUUGGCUCGCAAAUACAAUCAAGACAAGAUGAUCUGCCGCAAAUGCUAUGCUCGUCUGCAUCCAAGGGCUGUCAACUGCCGCAAAAAGAAGUGUGGUCACAGUAAUCAGUUGAGGCCAAAGAAGAAGAUCAAGUAAACCAUGACUAUAAUACGUGAACGCAAGACCGGAUUGUUGAUUUUCUGGUGUUAUCCAACGUUGAUGGUUUUUGACUUAUGUUGCUGCUUUUAAUUAUGUAGUGUCGGCAAAAACUAUAGUGAAGUUUUUAGUAUUUUUAUUUUAGUUUGCAGUUCGUUAUGCUCGUAUUUUUAUGUUCUAUUCAAAAUAUGACUGAUAUUGUUUUCAAAUAGAACAUGAUUAAUCUGUGUGUA